AUGGCAACCUACAACCCCUUCUACCCGGCCACUGGCUACGUCUCCGCCACGUCGACCGCUCCGGGCCACUCUCGUCUGGCCUAUUUCAUCACGCGCAACAACGGCCUGCCCGUCCCUCUCAUCCCGGCCGACGAGCUGCCCUUCAGCGUGAAGCUGCAGAACGUCCCGCGGGUCUUGACGCCGGACCAGACGCUCGGCCUGCAGUACGCCGGCAGCGCUCCGUACACAGGCGUCACGUUUGUUCUGGACAAGGAGGUGGCCGGUCUGCCCAUGCAGCGCUCCACCAGCGGACCACCAGGCGAGAGCAUGCAUGCUCGCAGCCAGAGCGGCGCGGCCAGGCAGUUCCUGGCUCCUGAUGCCCACGCACGUCAAGCUCUCGCGAGCCACGCAUCCUCCUCUCCUCAGACCCUCCCGAUGCGUCCCGUCUCUGCCUCCGAAACGGCCAAGUCCUGGCGUCGUACCGAGCCUCUGCCUUCGUCGUCGGCCGACAGGGACGCCACUCAGUCGGCCAUCGAUGCGAUUCUCCAUUCUUCCUCGGGCGCCGAGACGGCAGACCGCAUCGGGUACCGCUCGCGCAGCAACAUCACUCCGCCGCCAUCUGGUGUGAUCCCCGACCAGGAGAAGAAGAUCUACUGCACGCACUGGAUCCUGCAGGGAUGGUGUAUGUAUGAGCAGCAGGGCUGUCGGUACAAGCAUGAGAUGCUGGACGAGGAGGGAUUGAAGAGCAUCGGCAUCAAGCAUACGCCACGCUGGUGGAAAGAGCAGAAUGCCCCGGUCAAGCUUGGUUUCGCGUCUUCAGCCGAGAAGCGUGCUGCUGCUGCUGGCACGUCUCCACCAACCACGGUUGGCGUUCUGACGAAGCCAGAGGAUUGGUUGAAGGCGAGGAAGGGCAGUGAGAGCUCCAUCGGAUCCAGCGAGGAUGGGCAGCAUUCCGAGACUACGGCAGCGACCAGCGAGGAGGAGACUCUGACGAGGAAGGGAGGGAAGCAAGCCGUUACUCCUUCGACCAGCUCAAAGAGUAGCAAGGCGACUUCGCCAACUCUUCCACCAGCUCGUCCAUCCACUCCAGUCCAGAAGGCGGUCAAGACUCGCGAGCCUUCGACCACCAGCGAUCUCAUCGACUUCGCUCCGCUCCUCCCAACUCUAUCAUCUUCUCGCUCCACUAGCAAGAGCACUGCCGGCUACGUGGAGAUCCUCAAGCGCGCAGUCAAAGUCGACUCCAAGGAAGAAAACCCUGGCAAAUCUCCUAUCGCACGCAAGCCCGCCGUCUUCGUUCCAGCAGGAGAAUCGCCAGAGGUUCACAUCGCCGAUUUCAAGAAGCGUGAGCGUCUUGCUCGCAACAAGACCACGCGCACUCCGUCUCCAGUGCAGAAGACGAAGACUACAGCUACGACCUCUCCCGAAGCGAAGAAGGACAAGGAGGCGGUGAAGAUCAAGCCUACUGGUUUGCAGGCCUCUCGCUGGGCGGCUGCUGCGCACGCUCAGGGCCAUAUCAAGCGCACCAAGUCCGACUGCCGCCCUCGUCGUCCCGGCUCUUCUUCUCCUGCUGCUCGUAAGAGCGCCGCCGACAAGAACGAGAAGAAAUAG